CGAAACUCUACAGUGGACAACAUACCGGCGCGAAUAAAAACGCGAACACAAAAUAACCGAUAGUCGUCGGCAAACAUUUGACUGCAUUCCUAUUAGAAAAAUUUGAAUAAAAUAAGCUAAUUGAGUGAUUUAUAAAAAAAAAACAUGUUUCUAUUGUUAAUAAUCUCCGCGGUUAUACUGUGGAUAGUGUCAAAGGAAAUAAAAUAUUCAAAAGUUCGAAGCCAGAUAUCUCACACCAAGGGUCCUCCUCUACUGCCUUUUAUUGGAAAUGCCCAUCAGCUGGGAAAAACGCCGAUGGCUGUCAUUCAUUUCUUAUUUGAUAACAUAUACAAAUAUGGAAAUUUCAGAGUCUGGAUUGGAUACUAUUUAAACAUGGUCAUUUCAGAUCCAAAGGAUGUGGAGUUCAUUUUAUCCAGCAACACUUUAAUUGCAAAAUCGGAUGUCUACGAUAUGAUGCAUCCUUGGCUGGGCCAAGGUCUUCUCACCAGUAAAGGCUCAAAGUGGCACAAACAUCGUAAAAUGAUCACUCCUUCAUUCCAUUUUAAAAUUUUGCAAGAUUUCCAUGAGGUCAUGAAUGACAAUUCAACAAAAUUCAUAGGGAAAUUACGUGAUGCCUCUAAGGGUGAUACGAUAUUUGAUGUUCAACAUAUGGUUAACUUUUUGACGCUGGAUGUUAUUUGUGAUACUGCCAUGGGUGUACCCAUCAAUGCUAUGGACAAUCCUAAUUCAGAAUUUGCCAGUGCCUUGGAAUAUAUGUGCUGUAAUGUAAAUAUGCGUGCCUUCAAUCCCUUAAAACGCAAAAAGGCAACUUAUCAAUUCUUCCCCGACUAUCAGGAUUAUUGUAAGGCCCUGAAGGUCCUUAAGGAUUUCACAUAUGAUGUCAUUGAAAAGAGAAUCGCUCUUCGCAAGAAGGAAGAAUUGGAAAAAGGCAAUGCCAAGACUGAAGAUGAAUUUAGCAAACGAAAAUUGGCUUUUUUGGAUACUUUACUGUCAUCAACUGUCGAUGGCAGACCAUUAACAGUGCAAGAAUUAUAUGAGGAGGUAUCCACAUUUAUGUUUGAGGGUCAUGAUACUACCACCUCAGCCUUGGCCUUUAGUAUCUUCCUGCUAUCUAGACAUUUGGGUGUGCAGAAAAAAGUCUAUGAGGAACAACAGCGUGUAAUGGGCGGUAAUUUGAAACGAAGUGCCACCUACCAAGAAUUGACUGAAAUGAAAUAUUUGGAUUUGGUUAUUAAAGAAAUCUUAAGACUAUAUCCUAGUGUACCCAUGAUUGGUAGGGAUACCGAUAAGGAGUACAAUAUGAAUGGAAAAAUCCUACCCAAGGAGACUUCAAUUGUCAUUUUCAUCAUGGCCCUGGGUUACAAUGAAAAAACCUUCCCCGAUCCUUAUCGCUUUAAUCCCGAGAGAUUUGAAUCCAUCCAUCGUGGUGAUGAUCAUAAUCCCUUCGAUUAUGUGCCCUUUAGUGCUGGACCUCGCAAUUGUAUUGGCCAAAAAUUUGCCAUGCUUGAAAUUAAGACAGUUAUUUCGAAAAUUGUUCGUUAUUUUGAAGUUUUGCCCGCAGUCGAUGAAUUGGAAUCCAAAGAUGGUUAUGUCAGCAACUACUUUGGGCCAUAUAGAGAGAAAAAUCCUGAGUUACACAAGUAUGAUCCUAAAUUGGCCAUGGUAUUAACUCUGAAGUCUGAUAAUGGCAUUAUGGUACGCAUGAGAGAGCGAAAAUUAAAAAUGUUGUUUACACUUUUUAUAUUGUUGCCGCUGUUGUGGUUGUUGUUCAAUGAAAUUCAGCGCCUAAGAAAGAGCAGACAAAUUGCCCAUACGCCGGGUCUUAAAACAUUGCCCUUUAUUGGCAAUGCCCAUCAAAUGGGAAAAACGCCAAAUGAUAUCAUCCAUUUCUUCUUUGGCAAUUUCUACAAAUAUAAUCAGGGAAAUUUUCGCAUUUGGGCUGGUUCCUAUUUAAACAUUUUAAUAACAGAUCCCAAGGAUAUUGAGUUUAUUUUAUCUAGCAAAAGCUUAAUAACAAAAUCGGACAUAUAUGAUAUGCUGCAUCCAUGGGUAGGACAAGGUCUUUUGACGGCUAAGGGCUACCGAUGGCAAAGUCAUCGUAAAAUGAUAAUGCCAUCAUUUCAUUUCAAAAUACUGCAAGAGUUCCAAGAAGCGAUGGCUCGAAAUUCGACAAAAUUUAUGAAGAAACUAAGUGAAGCUUCUCGUGACGAUAGCAUAUUUGAUUUUUAUGAAAUGGUGGAGCAUUUGACUUUGGAUAUUUUAUGCGAAACCUCCAUGGGUAUUUCCAUUAAUGCCAUGGAUAAUCCUGAUACAAAGUUUGCGAAAUCGUUGGCAUUCAUAUGCAGCAAUAUUAGUCUCAGAGCCUACAAUCCAUUAAAACGUAAGCUAUCCACCUACAGAUUUUUUCCAGAGUACAAGGAAUAUUGCAAUGCUUUAAAAAUUCUUAAGGAAUUUACCUAUGAUGUUAUUAACAAACGCAUUAAGCUCAUCAAACUAGAAGAGACCAAUCAAGCUAAAGAAACACCUACUGAAGAAAUAAGUAAACGAAAGAUGGCAUUUUUGGAUAAUUUACUCUCAGCAAAGGUAGAUGGCAGAUCUCUAACAUUGCACGAAAUUUAUGAAGAAGUUUCCACUUUCAUAUUUGCGGGCAACGACACCUCUUCCUCGGCUUUAUCAUUUGUAACCUUUCUGCUUUCUCGCCACCUGGAUGUACAGCAAAAAGUUUACGAAGAACAACUUUGCAUAAUGAAAGAUCACGACUUGAAGGCAAAUGCCACCUACCAUCAGCUAAACGAUAUGAAAUACUUGGAUUUGGUUAUAAAGGAAGCUCAAAGAUUAUAUCCCAGUGUACCGGUUAUAGGAAGGCAUACUGAAGAGGACUGCACUAUAAAUGGCAAAUUCAUACCCAAAGACACCUCCCUUAAUCUCUUGCUUAUGGCUUUGGGUUACAAUGAUCGAAUUUUUCCUGAUCCCUAUCGUUUUAAACCAGAGAGAUUUGAUCCAUUGUAUGGUGAUGAGUUGCCCAAGCAGUUUGAGUAUGUCCCCUUUAGUGCUGGUCCACGCAAUUGUAUAGGACAAAAAUUUGCCUUACUCCAAAUCAAGACAGUUGUCUCUCAAAUGGUACGGAAUUUUGAAAUUUUACCUGCCCUAGAUGAACUGGAAUCGAAAGAUGGCUAUGUAUGCACCAAGUUUGUUCCUCACGGUCAGCCAAGACCAAAGAUGCAUAAAUAUGAUCCACGUUUGGAGACCGUGCUGACAUUGAAGUCAGAAAAUGGUAUAAUGAUAAGAAUGAGAGAGAGAAAAUAA